CCGUGAGCUUGAAGUGACGACUCCCGAGCGCCGCGAGGGUCUCCCCGGGGAAGAUGGGGAAAGUUCGAGCGCUGCGUGCCCGCGUUCACCAAGCCGCCGUGAAGCCCAGGACGGAUCCCACGCUCCCGGUUUCUGAGGCGGGCCCUCCGCCAGCCCGGGCGGGCGGAGCGGGUGCGAAGGACUGGGGGUUCCUCCACACCAACAUCUUUACUGGGACCCAGAUAGAUCCAAGCACCCUGGUGCAGAGGCUAGAAGUGGAUGUCAGAAGCGUGGCCUCCCUCGGGAGAGGUGCAGAGGUGAAGGCCAUUUUGCCCAAGAAGGAGAAACUCAGGCAGCGGCGGGAGCGAUGGCUGAAGAAAAUAGAAGCCAUCAAGCUGGCUGAGCAGAAGCGCAAGGAGGAGCGGAAACGCCAGGCCAUGGUGGUGGUGGGAGACCUGCACCCCCUGAGAGAUGCCCUACCCAAGCUGGAGGAGCUGGAGGCCUACUGCCCACCGCCGCCAAGGGUCAAGGUGAGCAGUAAGCCCCGGCCAGCCCAGCUCAGCCGGAUGAGUGCAGCCCAGAGACAACAGCUGCUUGAGGAAGAAAGGACCCGGUUCCAGAAACUUCUGACCAACCCAGCUUACAGAGCCAGUCCCCUGCUGGCCAUUGGGCAGCAGCUGGCCCUCCAGAUGCAGCUGGAAGAUACUGGCCACCUGUGACCAGAGCAGAGUGCUGCAUGCUCCAAGUGGACCCUGCUCAGAGGUGUGGGGAGGCUGCAGCUUCAGUGAUUGCCUUCUAGCAGAGCCUUUAAUACACUAGGGUGGAGAGAGCUGCCAUGUGCUCGGUGAAGCCUUCUUGACCCUUUGCUGCUGCCCAGGGCACCUGCAUCUUGGGGUGGAGCUUGGUGUGGCUAGGAUAAUAGUUUAGAAGACCCACAGGGCCACCAGGCCUGGCCUCCCCGUGUCAGGCACCAAAUGUGGGCUCCCAGCUUGGCCUACAGAAGGAAUAUGAUGGUAUAGAGGCCUGGGCAGGCUGCCUAGCCUCACAGACUCCUGCAGAAACCAUUGGGGCCCCACCUGGCACCUGUGUGCUGCCCCUGGGUUACCAAGAGUGCAAAUGUCAAAGCUACCCUCUGCUGUCCCCUUGUCCACAACACCUUCACCAGGGCUGCAGUUUCCUCAUGGCCUUUGUGGACUGCUCAGUCAGACUGCUCACUCACCACUUUGUGGGAGCCGCUUGCUCAAUCCCCAGGAAGAAGGCUUCACACUCAGUCAGCUGAGGAUGUGGAGGGGAGGAGUUGUGUCCCUGCUGCAGGCUUUGCACUCCUGGCUGUCCUCCACUCCUGCUAUGUAGGACCCACUGCCCCCCUUGCUGCAGGGAUCCAGGUGAGGGCAGUAGCAGGGCCCAAGAGGCUCAGGACUUGUGGGCCCUGUACUCUGCCCUCCUGCUUUGAGUCUCCAUGUCCCCAGCAUCAGUUGUGACCAGCAUGCUCAGUCAGGCUGGCUCCCAAGCAGGACCUACAGCCCAGUAGUGUCACCCAGGCCACAAUAGGAGUGUGCAUCCCAGGCUCCCUUUCCUGGGAGAGCAAUGAGAUUCCACAGAUAUGGUGUGGACACCCUGGAGACAGCUGGCACUGAAAAGGGACAAAAGGGGACCAGCAGCAGAUCCCAAAUCUGUUGGAUCCAGCUGAGACCACAUGCUUGUCCCUAUCCAGCUGCCAUCUGCCGUGACAGCAGCAGGUUCCCAGUGGAGGGAGCAGUUUAGAGGUUUGGGGACCAGUUUCUACAGGAAGCAAAGGACAGAUACUUGGGUGCGUGGUUGGUAGGUGGUGGGUGGCUCAGUCCUCAGACUGCACUGCUUCACACGUGGAAUUAUGCAUCCUGCUCUGCUAGUGACCCAUGAGCCGUGCCCCACUGCUGGUCUGCCUGGCUGACAGCCUUCAACCACCUUCCUUCACUCCUUCCUGAGCACUGGGUUCUUCCCCCAGGGUCCCCCUGAGGAGACAGCCAGGACAGCACCUAGACGUGGGGUAGCCUAGGAGGACAGGGGGGCCCUGCAGGGGAUAAGGGAGGUGAACUGGGUGUGACAGUUCAGGAGGGGCCAGCAGACGUGGUUCCUUGCCCACGUCCCAUGGCUCCUGUCAUCCCAGCAGCCAUGCAUGUGGGAUCCUUCCUGGCCCCUGAGUGCCGGCCUGCUGAGGUUUUCACAGGACCAGGCACCCCAUGUUCCCAAGACAAAGCACACAAGUCCUCUUGUGUGUGGACAGAUGCAGAUUGCCCAAAGCAGCAGGCUUUGCAUGGAUGCCUAGAAACUUCGCUGUCAUAUGUGUUGUCUUUAUAGAAUGAACGUGAAUGACUUUGUAAUAAAAUUAAAUUGAAAAUUA